GUCAUAUCGGAGUGUUUUGACUGACGCGGAAUAUUAUCCAAUGGGAGAUCACAUAAAUAUUUAGCUAGGUUGCUAACAAGCUAAGAAGGUUGCUAGCUAGGACCUAUUGGAAGAAGAUGGAUACUGUAACGCUGGAACCAUCUUUGUACACUGUGAAAGCAGUCCUCAUUCUGGAUAAUGAUGGAGAGAGGCUCUAUGCAAAAUAUUAUGAUGGCACCUACCCUUCAGUGAAGGAACAGAAAGCUUUUGAGAAGAACAUCUUCAGCAAGACACACAGGACUGACAGUGAGAUCGCUCUGCUGGAGGGCCUCACAGUCGUCUACAAGAGCAACAUUGAUCUCUUCUUCUACGUCAUUGGAAGCUCACAUGAAAAUGAGUUGAUGCUAAUGGCUGUUCUGAACUGUCUGUUUGACUCACUUAGCCAAAUGUUGAGGAAAAAUGUUGAGAGGAGAUCUCUACUUGAGAACAUGGAAGGUCUCUUUCUAGCUGUGGAUGAAAUUGUGGAUGGAGGAGUGAUUCUGGAGAGUGAUCCUCUGCAAGUGGUCCACCGUGUAGCUCUAAGGGGGGAAGAUGUGCCUUACUCAGAGCAGACUGUCACCCAGGUGAGAAAAACAGCCCUAAUUACCUCAUUCAUCUCAACAUACUACACUGCUCAGUGUGGAAUAUGCUCCAUUGCAUUAUUGACUUUCCACACUCCUGAGACUUAGGAUGUGCCAUUUUGGACAGAACCUUAGAGCUGUGCCAAAUGUCCUAGCUUGGGAAUCCAGACUGAAUCACGCUACAUUUCACCUCUCUUGUUUCACUCCACUAAUUUAGUGACAGUGGAGUGAAACAGAAACUGAAUUGAGUCUAGAUUUCCAGGCUACCAAUGUCCCUCUCUCCUCUACAUGGUGGAGAUCCGCAUACUUCACCAUCUCCAAUCCUACCGUGUUGCUUUCACACUUCCUUAGUCCUUUUGGAUGUAAAUCACACAAUUGGAAAUGAUUGGCUGAUGGUAUGGUAGCCAGUGGUGGUUUCCAUCGUGUGUACGCACGCCUGUGUGCGGUUUGCGCUUAGCUCCUCUCCUGAUUAAUGUGCUCAUUUAAGAGGCCUGUGACAGGCUGCCAUCCUGCCAUCCCUUCUCUCUCUCUCCCUCUCUCUCUCUCUCUCCCUCUCCAUCCCUUCUCUCUUUCUCUCUGUCUACUGAUUAAUGGCUGGCUGUCUUCCUCAUGCUUUAUGCUUCUGGUUCUCCUUUCCUUCAACGAAUUAAGAUGAUUAAUUAAUUCCUGCAUAUUUUCCUUUACCGGCAUUACUCAUCUUCCUCCAUCCAGCCUUUUGUUAAACUUUUUGUUGAGGUCAAUUUAAUGAUUGCAUUUGUAUGUGAAUCAUAUGGUCUCCCUCCAUUCCCUUAAAAUGGUCAAUUGGUCUUCUUCUAAACCAAGGUGGAUGAGAUUAGAUUAAUUCGGUGGAUUACAUUCAUUUGUUUCGAUAGGGAAAGUCAAAAUUGUAGGGAUGUAACGGUUCCCCAGUUCAAAAGUUUAAGAUACGAGUGCAUCGGUCCGCAGGAGCCCAAACUGAUCCAAAUGAAGUAUGCAUUGGUAAGAAAACCGAGUGAAACAUUACGAAUAGCCAGUUCACUAAAGUUUGUUUACUUAUAAUUUUUUUCUGCCUUAUUGUGAAAAUACCUAUAAUCUAUUGUGACUGAAUUGCUGCGUCCUCGCCUUCAGCCUAUGAAACUUUUUUUUGCAUGUAAUUGCGAUUUGAAAUUGAUCAACAAGUCACCGACGAGGGGUAGGUCUACCCUAUCCAUGUUCUAAUAUUUGUAGGCUACAUCUGCGUGACUCCUUAAGCGUUCCAAAUGCGCUGUAGAAAAGGGGGUUUUACUGGUGGAGCUGUGUAAGCUACGGAGUGAACACUCAUAUCUAACUGCUGAUUGGGGCUUUUCGAUUGCCAGGUUCACCGUACAAAAUCUUUUUGGUAGUUGUGCUUUCAACAGUCAGUGCAUUUACAUGGACAGGGUAAUGGUUUGAUGUCAUAACAAGACCAGCAAUCAGUUUUGUUGGGCCUCACUGGUCUGAACUCGAGACGAGCGCAGCUUUCCUCCGUAAAGUUCCAACUGUCAAAACCAUUCGCUUUUGAGAUGAGGUGAAUUCCAGAACUGUUCUAUUCAUUUCUAAAGAGUAAUGUGUCAAUAUUUAUAUCUCAAAACAUUUUAAUCUGCUAUAUAACAAUUUAAUCAGUGGGUGUUGAGGAUUUCAGAUUUAAAGGGAUUAAAAACAUAAAUUGCCCCCGCCCCCAUGAUCUGCCCUAUGGCUCAGCUCAAACACUACAUCACACACACACAAACAAUCAAAUUGCACUGAAUUGUUUUGAGUAAACGUAUUGUUCCUGUAUCAGAGCCCAUGUAUCUAGAUACAUAUGGAAUCGUGCUUGUAAGGAGAGAUGCAUGCCCUCAUAAAAUGGAUGUCGUUAACGCAAGCUGGGUGCUUAUUACACAAACAGGUUUGUUUGUAUGUUUACUUGUGUUGGUAUGAUCUGUUUAUAAGGCCAGUUUUCAU